AUGUCACCAGUCGAACAGCCCCAAAAUGCAGCAGUGCCACGAACCUCUGCAACUUUCCCUCAACGCAGCACUCAGAAUUCAUCUUCUAGUGUGCCCAGGUCAUCAACUUCUAACCAAACAAUUACCGGCGAAGCUUUUCCUCGACGUCCUGAGCACCAAACCAAGACGUCAGGCAGUUCUUGGACACGCCUCUCAACUCACGCCCGAUCCAAGAGCCGCCAAGAGCAAGCACGGCCGCCAUCAAAUGGGGCGCUGUCGUCUCCGCCUCCUAAAGCUUAUGCACCUGCCCCCCCAUCCAACAGCCCUGCGACCGGUCGACGGUCAUUCCAGGGACCUGUGCGCUCCGAGUCUCCACCUCCGCCGCCUCCGCCACCUAAAGACGAUUGGCAUCACCCUCGUCCUCGCGUAUCCUCGGGACGAACCAAUCAAUACACCCACCACUCGCCAUCUCCUUCUCAGUCCUCCCUUCGUCUCGUCUCAACCCAACAACGCCAAUCACUCCCCCCUCUACAAACGAAUGUCCGCAAUAAUAACUCUCGCAAUAGCGCGAUCGGGUCUGGCAGAACGCUAACGCCCGAGGAAAAGCGCAAGUCACGGCAGCUGGAGAUUGAGCGGAGCAGUAUUCCGCCGCAGAGUCCUGCCAGGAAUGUACCCCGCCACGUGCAGCAGGUGGAGUUUGAGGAUGAAGAACCGGUGAUGUCGGCGACGAGUUUUCCGGGACAGAUGUGGCAGCCGAGUUAUGCGCAUUGGGAUGAAUGA